AUGACCCAGCCAGACUCUACCGAGUACCUUCGUUUUGGUACAACCAAUCUCGAUCCCGCAGUGUUAAAACACCUGCCACCAAAAUGCAAGGUGGUGUCGACAGAAGCGCAUGGCGUCAGCUUUUGGGCUACAACAGGCAGGAUCAAUGUUGAACUGCAGGACGGUUCCCCAAAGUCCUUUUUCAUGAAGAUCCUCGCCAGAGAGGAUGGCGAGAGCAUGGCCCGCGGCGAGUUUAUCUCCAUGAGUAAAAUCGCCGAGCCCAUCGCAUGGGGCAAGUUUGAGUCCGUUGUGGACACCGCCUUCUUUCUAUGCGAGUUUCGCGAGAUGACAGACGACAUGCCUGAACCGGAAAAGUUUGCCGCCUCUCUUUCCAAGCUCCACCAGAAGAGUGUCUCGCCCAACGGCAAGUUUGGAUUCGAGGUGCCAACGUAUGCGGGAAAUCUGCCGCAGUACGUCUCUUGGGAGGACAGCUGGGAGGUCUUCUUUACCAAGAGCCUCAAGAACGCCCUGGAUCUCUUCAAAAGAACAAGGUUCCUCCAAGCGAAUUAA